AUGCCCAAGUGUCCAUUUUGCUACAAAACAAGCACGCAAAGUCGAGAUCAUCGUUCCCUCAGAGGUCUCAUAACAGUACUUCUUCCAUCCACCAUUAUGUAACCAUUAGUCCUAUCUCAUCGCUCUCCCGGGACUCACAUGGGAGUCGAAUAAAUCUCCAAACAACACUACGUAGUAUAAUAAGUCAGGAACAGUUAUUAUUUAUUAAAACCAGUUCGAUUCGAGUAGUGAUCCGCAGGUUUCCGGACGAAUUGAAGUUGUGUCGUCGCUUAGUGAUGUUUUGAUUUGAUUUCAAAUAUGGAAUUGGUCAGAACAUAUCUAUUCUUAAUUACAAUAUUUCUAAGCCUAUUUAUUUAUGGACAAAGCAGUGAUGUACCUGUAGAAAAUACGACACAUAAUUGUCCCUUUACGAGAAUCAUAGAAGAUAUAUUUAAAAAACGUAAUAAAACACACUCAAAUACUAGUCUGAAGGACGACGAAUCGGCUAAGCUAUUUUUAGAAGUUAUUGACAACAUUGAUGAUAAUAGCUCAAAUAAAAUUCAGGAAGAUAUUAUCAAUAGCAUUAUAGAAUCAAUAAAAAGAAUAAAAGAAAAUAUAACAAGAGAUACACAAGAUGCGCAUUUAAAUGAAGCCAUAAUCUUAAAUGAUGGCAAGACUGUUGCAAAAAACAAUCAUUUGUUGACUGUCAGCCAAAUAAGAAGUGGGAUAGAAGAAAAAAUUGACGGGGUACCUUCAAAGAAAAGCAAUGGUAUUAAUACGAAAAAUGAAAAACACACGUUUAGUAACAACACAUCUGUCGGUUCUCAAUAUGUUGAAAUUUUAACGAUUGAACCUAAUAAUACUUACGCAGUGAACACAUCAAGUAAUAAUAUAAUAGAAGUUCUUAAACAUAUUAUGCCUUUAUUUAAUAGCACCGUGAAUAAACAGCUACACAGUAUUACGAUUAUAGAAAAGAAUGAAAAUAAAAAUCACUCAGUAACUGAAACGAAAAACACAUCAACUGUGCUUGUAAAAUACUGUGAUAAAGAUAAUAUAACACAGAAUACCGAAACAGUGAAAAACCUAAAUGACCGAAAUGAUUACUUGGAAGUGGAUGAUUACGAUCUACAAGAACAUGGAGAUAAUGUGACGACAGAAGGGAUAAGAGAUAUUCUGGAAGCGGCGGAAUAUGGAAUGCAGAAGAUGACUGAACUCUACACUGUUGUGGAACCUAAAUUAUACUCGAUGGGUUAUUGGCUUGAUGAUAAGAGCCCCGCCCGCUAUGUAGCAGCUUUUAAUGCCCCAUCUGAAGAUCUCGAGAAGUACUCCCGAUAUGGUUAUGCAUCAGUCUUGGCCGCAGCUAAAUUAAAAGAGCUAAGGUAA